GCUCUGCUGCCUGUGUGUUGGUUUAGCCCUAGCAGUGACAGAAUCAGAGUCACAGAGCAGCUCAGGCUGGAAGGGACCACACGGGAUCAUCUGCAGGGUGAUCCCAGAGCACCUGGCCCAGGGUUGUGUCCAGGUGGUUCCUGAACAUCUCCAGUGAGAGAGACUCCACAGCCUCUCAGGACAAUCUGCUCCAGUGCUCCGUCACUUGCACAGUAAAGUUCUCCCUCAUAGUCAGGAAGAAUGGAAUUUCCUGUGCAUUGGUUUCUGCCUGUUGCCUCUUGUUCUAUUGCCUGGCACCACCGAGAAUCACACAGACCUCCCUUCAGCGCUCUUUCAGGGGGUGCAUUUAAUGCUUUAAACUGCUAUAGGAAAAACAAAGUCCUGAACUCAUGUCCAACAGAAAAGAAAAAAAUAUUUGCAGUUUCCUCUUUAAGAAAGUAGCUACGCCCACUUCUUGUUUUGGUUUGGGAUAAUAAACAAUUAAGCGGAAACAUUUUAAAAUCCAGUGUUCCCUCGGUUCUUCUUUUAAGGAAAUUGAGAGAACUCCACGUAUUCAAAAGGAUCAGGUGGGUUCAGAAAACGGAAGCAUGAUAAUUUUCCACAUGGUCAAAGAAGAGGAGAAGAAAAAGAGAAUGUUAAUCCACCUUCAGCUUUGAUGAAGUCUUUUAAAUCGUUCCAGCUGGAGCUUGACACCAGGCACGAUAAAUACGAACGGCUCGUGAAGCUCAGCCGGGAUAUAACGAUCGAAAGCAAAAGAACGAUAUUCCUGCUCCACAGGUUCAUCAGUGCUCCCAAUGGGGAAGAAAUACUAAGUGAAUCUGAAGUCAAGCUGGAUGCUGUCCGACAGAAGAUCAAGCAGGUAGCACAAGAACUGAUUGGAGAAGACAUGUAUCAGUUCCACAGAGCUAUAUCUCCAGGACUUCAAGAAUAUGUUGAGGCAGUUUCGUUUCAGUAUUUUAUCAAAACACGAUCUUUGAUCAGUGUUGAAGAGAUCAACAAACAACUAAUAUUUACAGCAGAAGACAGAGAAGAAACAACAAACAUGACCUCCAAUUCCCAUGACAAACAGCCCCAUACGUGGAGCCUGAAGGUAACCCCUGUGGAUUACCUGCUGGGAGUGGCUGAUCUGACGGGAGAGCUGAUGCGGCUGUGCAUCAGCAGCGUUGGGAACGGGGACAUAGACACGCCCUUCGAACUGAGCCAGUUCUUGCGUCAGAUUUACGAUGGGUUCACUUUCAUUGGCAACACCGGACCUUACGAAGUCUCAAAGAAGCUCUAUACCUUGAAACAGAGUCUGGCAAAAGUAGAGAAUGCCUGCUACACAUUAAAAGUACGGGGAUCCGAAAUCCCAAAGCACAUGUUGGCUGAUGUGUUCUCCACCAAAACGGAAUUGAUUGACCAAGAGGAGGGGAUUCCCUAAAAUUGGGAAGCUCUUGCUACUCAGAAGAGAAGAGGACCUAGAGAAAGCUCUCUAGUUACGGUUUGUGGGGUUUUGACCCUCUCAAAGCUUUUUAGGUAGAGACAUUUUUAGUUUUAUCUAUGAGAAGGCUGUUUGCAGUGGUAAUUUGUAACCAAAAAUACCUUUUAUGAUGUGCAAGAGAAGAAAUGUUUGACUUUGGCCUCUUGGUAUGGAAUUUCCUGUAUUGCUCCAUUGUAUCUUCUUUCAGAAUGACCAAAAUUUCCACUGCACUCUACUACUACUCUACUAAUGACAGUGACUGUCAUUUGUGUGACCCAACGCAAACAGUUGUUGGUGCAAGUUUUCAUCAAGCAGAGCAGUAGAAAAAAAAUGGUUGGGUGCUGUUUUUUAUCAUUAUCCAUAGGUUUCUGCUGACCUAUUUUCUGAGUAUUUGGGUUCUGUACUCAUGUCACACCUACAACAAUGCACCUGUGUAAGUGCACCCCUUGACUUGAGACUGGGGUGGUCUCAACAGUGCCAUGUAAUUCAAGUUUUCUCUGAUUUGUGCUUUAAACUAUGAAACUUAAGUCAACUUUUUGCCAAUUGAUAAUGAAGCUAAUUGCACCAGGUAAAUACUACUGUCACCUGCCAUUUUGGGUCUCUGUUAAAACUGAGCUCCAUUUGAGCUAACACUGGUUCUUCACAGUUUUGAGAUGAGCUAGGAAAUCCACAGAAAAUAAUUGUGGAACGUAUUGUUUUACAUUUUUUGUAAUACAGUUUAAUGCAAAAUCUGACAUAUUUCUGUUUGUAGACAAAAGAAGUUGUCAUACAAAGUAUGUAAUUUGGUGUUAGGACAAGCAGUUUUUGGCCAGAACAAAUGUGUUGCAAUGCUGGAAGUUUGUUCUCCAUUGUUUGUGCUGCCCUGAGGACCUCCAGUGGGCUUGAACUGGUAUAAGUGGAAAAGGGCUAGCCAAGCUUUAAAUAUGUGUUAGCAGGAACUAUAUCAUGUGCAUGUUCCUGUGGAAAGGAAAUUGCAAACAGAAGUAAGGCAGUCAUUCUGGUUUCCACAUUUAUCUUUGAGGGGGGUAUGUCACUGUUGGCAAAAAAUCAGGGCUUUAUGCUGGUGUCUGAGGUUAUGAAAGUCUGAUAAUGUACAUAAUGCUAAAGGAAAACAGAUAAAACAACAUGAUCUCUAGACUCCAGGAAAUAGGCCUCCCAACUGCAAUUGAAAAUACUGCAUGUUUUUUAUUUCCACUUCCAUAUGCUGUGAUACUGCCAAUACUUUUCCCAUGAGCAUAUCCUGAGUAGCUGGAAUCAUCCGAUAUAUGGAUAGGAAUGGGUAAAUACAUUUCUGUCAAAUUUUUCCAUUGUUUCCACAUAAAGUAGUAUGGGGUGGAUUGAAAAAGGGUAUUUUUCCUAUUGUUUAAUACUAUUUUUUACAAUAAAUUUUGAAAAGUA